AUGGACCGCCUCAUGAUGGCUCGUGGGCUGGGCUGCCUGCACCGGCCAUGCCGGCAGAGGCUUUCUGCCCGAGAAUGGCAAGUUGGUCGGCCGCUGCAGAGACGUCACGCUACAGCGGCAAAGCCGCCACCAACGACGAAGCCCUACUACGUCACGACGCCCAUCUUCUACGUCAACGCCGACCCGCACAUCGGCCACCUGUACAGCAUGGUUCUGGCAGACGUACUCAAGCGGUGGCAGACGCUGCUCGGCCGCAAGGCCCUGCUCUGCACAGGCACCGACGAGCACGGACUCAAAGUUCAGCAGGCGGCGGCGCGGGCAGGCGUGCCUCCCAAGCAGUUUUGUGACGAGAACGCAUCGGUGUUCUCGGACUUGGCGCGCAGGGCGAGCAUCGACAACGAUUUCUUCAUCCGCACAACGGACGCCGACCACAUGGCGGCCGCCCGCGCGUUUUGGCGGCGACUGCGGCGCAAAGGCUAUAUCUACCAGUCGCAGCACCAGGGUUGGUACUGCGUGAGCGACGAGACGUUCUACCCAGAGGCACUCGUCGAGAAGCGCAUCGCGCCGGCGACGGGCAAGGUCGAGAUGGUGUCGACGGAGACGGGCAAGACGGUCGAGUGGACCGAGGAGCAGAAUUACCACUUUCGCAUGACGGCGGUGCGUGACCGGCUGUUGCAGUUCUAUGCGGAGAACCCUGACUUUGUGGUGCCCGCGGCGCGCAUGAACGAGGUUGUGCACUGGGUGACGCACAAUCUCGAAGACCUGUCCAUUUCGCGGCCGUCCAGCCGGCUCACGUGGGCCGUGCCAGCGCCCGAGGACCCGAGCCAAACGAUCUACGUGUGGAUGGAGGCUCUGGUCAACUACAUGACCAAGGCUGGGUACCCUGAGCGUUGGGCGCCCGAGGAGCAGCGUGAGGCUGCGCUGGAGGCCGAGGCCGAGGCCACCGAGUCGGCUGAGGCGGUCGUGAUUGACGGCAAUGUGCAGGCCAAUAUGGUCAUGGAGAGCGAGGAAGACAAUAACAGCAGCAGCAAAGGACGAAGAAGAAGCGGCCGCCACAAGCCGUCGUCUGAGCUGGACAAUGCAGCAGUACCUCUCACACUCGAGCAGCGGCAGCGACACGAGGGCGGCGGCUGGCCGGCCGACGUACAUGUGAUGGGCAAGGACAUUGUGCGGUUCCACGCGGUGUACUGGCCGGCUCUGCUGCUGGCUGUCGAUCUGCCGCUGCCCAGGCGCAUCCUGAGCCACGCGCACUGGACGCUGGGCCGCAAGAAGAUGUCCAAGUCCGUGGGCAACGUGGUCAACCCGUUCUAUGCCAUGGACCGCUUCGGCGUGGAUGCCAUGCGCUACUAUUUGGUACACGACGGCGGCAUUGAGCACGACGGCGACUACGGAAACGAGCACAUUGUCGACCGCUACAAGAAGGGCCUGCAGGGCGGCCUGGGCAAUCUGCUGGGCCGGAUUACGCGGACGACGCGGUGGAGCGUGCGCGAAACGGUUGUGCGGGGCCCGUCGUCGUUGGAGGGCAGCGCGCGCCGAAGCGCCCAAGUGGAGGCCCAGAUUGCCUCCAUUCAGAACGUGGCCGGUCUUGCGGCGAGCCACAUGGAGCGACUAGACCCGCGACAGGCGCUGCAUGCCGUCAUGGACGUGGUCUACCAGACGAACCGGUUCCUGCAGGAGCUGGAGCCGUGGAGCGUGGCCAAGCAGCUGGCCGCUGCGCCGACGACAAGCGAGGCCAGUUCCGGUAACGAGGCACUGCGCGUGCGCCUCGACCAGUCCGUCUACUUGACGGCUGAGGCACUGCGCGUCGUCGGCAUCCUGCUGCAACCGGUCAUGCCGGCCAAGGCCGCCGAGGUGCUGGAUAUACUGGGCGUGGGCCACGGGCGCCGGUCCUUUGACUAUGCGCAGCUGGGAACGGAUGGAGACUACGGCGUACCCAUGAAGCCGCCCGGGAAAAGCAAAGACGGCGGCCUAUUUCCCCCGUUGCCAGUAGAGGAUUGA